UGCGCGUCGCGGACGCCGGAGAUGGAGGAAAAGGAGCAAUUGCGCCGCCAGAUCCGCCUCCUGCAGGGUCUGAUCGACGACUAUAAAAAUCACCAUAGCAGUGCCUCUGCGCCUUCCCGCUGGCAGCCAUCUGCUUCGUCUGCUUACCAAAGCUGCCGGGCCUUUGGGACACGCUACUCGCGGCCCAGCCGCAGGGGCUUCACCCCGAACCACGGGCCCGAGUGGCGGAAGAAGUACUCCCUGGUGAACCGGCCCGCAGGCUCCUUGGACCAGCCCGGGGAUGGCGUGCCACCUCCGUCCCAGGCAGCAAAUGCUGGAGGCAGCCUCCAGGAGCCUGAUGCCCUGCAGUGUGACCCAGAGAGGCAGGUGCAGCUUAGCCCGGAUCAGAACGUGAUCAUCAAGAUCAAACUGUCCAGUCCCACGGGGGUCGGGCAAGGUCCUUUGGAAGUCCUUGCGGAUCCCCGCUGGAGUGACUCCCCUCAGGAAGGUGAGGGGGAGCCCCCUGUGGGGCCCAUGCUGGCUAGAGGGAGUGGCACCGAGGAUCCUCUCCUGGUGUGCCGAAAGGAGCCGGGCAAGCUCCGGGCGGUGAGGAUGGUGAGCAGUGGGAGCGGCCCCUCUGAGCCACGGAGGACAGUCAGCGAGAGCUCGCUUGCCACUCGGUCUUGUUCCCUUGGAGCCAGCCAGUACCAGCGCAGCAGGACAGCCCCGGCAUGGAAGGGGGCCCCUGCUUGUGUGGGGAGCUGCACUACCUUGAUCCUCCCUGGCCCCGGGGCUCUACCUGCUCCCUCUGGAUCAGCGGCCCCUCAGGAGGCCAGCACACUCGUUUCCUGCCGGAGCAGCAAGUUCCGGAAAAACAACUACAAGUGGGUGGCCUCCUCAGCCAAGAGCCCCCGGCCAGGUCGGAAGGCCCUGAGUCCCCGGGCCACUGAGCAGGUACGCAGGGAGCUGCAGGCUGAGCCGGGCUCCCUGUCCCCCAGCAAAUACAAGUGGAAGGCCUCGAACCCCUCCGUUUCUCCGUCCUCCUCCUCCUUCCGCUGGCAGCCUGAGGCCGGCAGCAAGAGCCAAGUCUCUCUGCUCUCUUCUGUCCCUGCUGGGUCCCUCCCUGAGGAGAGCAUCAGGGAGCACCCACCCUCGGCCUACAAAGUGAAAAGUCGCACCAAGAUCAUCAGGAGACGGAGCUGUGCCAGCCUUUCUGGGGACAAGAAGACCAGCCCCCCUCCUGUGACCACGGCCCGGAGCCAGUUCUGCCUGCGGCGCAGACAGGCCCUGCGCCCCAAGAGCAGCCCGGUGCUAAAGAAGACCCCGAACAGGGCUCUGAUGCAGCUCAGCAGGCAGCGGCUGGGCCAGCUGCCAGCCCAAGCCCUCCUCGCCAGCAAGGAAGUGUCCAGCGUACAGACUCUGCGCACCCCUCCUGGCAGCAAGGUGAUCAAGACACGCUACCGCAUCGUGCAGAAGAGUUCGGCCUUGCCCUUCUCCGCUCCCCUCUCCCAGGCUGGGUCCUCGAGGCGCCUCUCCCUGUCCAGCAGGUCCCUGGUGCUGAACCGUCUGCGCCCGGCCACGGGGGCUGGGAAGGCUCAGCCCAUCUCCCCUGUGUGGCGGAACCGGGGCUACCGCUGCAUUGGAGGGGCCCUUUACAGGGUAUCGGCCAACAAGCUCUCCAGGGCUGCCAGCCGCCAGGGAGAUGUGGGCUGCAGGACCCCUCUGCGUACAGGCCGACCGGACUCUGCGGGCAGCUGUGGCCGUUCCCUGGCCUGCCGGGCCGUGCAGCGCAGCCUGGCUAUUGUGCGACAGGCGCGGCAGCGGCGGCGAAAGAAGGAGGAGGAGUACUGCAUGUACUACAACCGCUUUGGCCGUUGCAACCGUGGCCAGCAGUGCCCUUAUAUCCAUGACCCCGAGAAGGUGGCCGUGUGUACCAGGUUUCUCCGGGGCACGUGCAAGAAGACGGAUGGAACCUGCCCCUUCUCGCACCAGGUGGCCAAGGAGAAGAUGCCCGUGUGCUCCUACUUCCUGAAGGGCAUCUGCAGCAACAGCAGCUGCCCGUAUAGCCACGUCUACGUGUCCCGGAAAGCUGAGGUGUGUGCCGGCUUCCUCAAAGGCUACUGCCCCAUGGGCGCCAAGUGCAAGAAGAAGCACACCCUGCUGUGCCCCGACUUCUCGCGCAGGGGUGCCUGCCCCCGGGGUGCCCAGUGCCAGCUGCUGCACCGGAACCAGAAGCGCAGCUGCCGGCGGUCGGCCGUCCCCAGCCCGGAGCCCAGCAGCACGGCCCCCCGGAGGAACCGGGUCUCAGCCAGCCACGGACCUAAGAAAGUGUCGGCUGCCCAUCGCCCCAGCAGCAGACAGAUGGGCACGUCCACCUCUGCAGCUGCAGGCCCUGUUUCACCCUUGUCUCCACAGGCUGCAGGCCCCUCCUCAUCCUUGUCAUCUAGGUCCCCUCCCCGCUGCCACUCCCCCUCCCUGUCCUCCCCGGACCCGGAGGGAUUGUCCCCACAGGAGGAGUCUGCGGGACAACCCGGCCCAGGGGCCCUCUCCAAGCUGCCGUCCUUCAUCUCCCUGCGGUCCUCACCGAGCCCCAGUGGCCAGCCCACAGCCCAGACCCCUCCGUCCCCCGCCCUCAAGGAGUCAGGUAAGCCUCUGCACAUCAAGCCCCGGCUAUGAGCCAGCUCGACCCACCAGCCCAGGCCUGCCUGCAUCGACCCUCCUGGGGGGGCCUACCCUGCCACCUGCCAGCCCCGCUCCAUCCGGGGCACAGGCAGGACCCCCACAGGCCGGUGUCUGCCGUGAGUGGUGCUCCCUAGCCUGGCCCUUGGCACCUUGUGACCAGCAAUAAAGUUCUACCUUGAUGU